AUGUCAUCUCACAAUCCCAAUCAUACACAUCCCUCCUCAGGAGGGACGAGACCACCUAUGCAACAUACCCGGAGCAAAAACAUGGUCAUGGCCUCUCACGGGAGAGCACCGUGGUAUGGUCCAGAUGGGAAGAAUGUAGAGGCUUAUGUGAUAGGUAUAGCGGGUGGGAGUGCUUCCGGAAAGACAUCAGUAGCUCGAGCUAUCUUAUCUGCGUUGAAUUACAUACCGACGGUAUUGAUCUUAUCUCAAGAUGCUUUUUAUUGUGCACAUACACCUGAAGAGAUAGAAUUGGCAUUUAACAAUGAUCUGGAUUUAGAUCACCCGAAUUCGAUAGAUACCCCUCUCUUCGUCAAAUGUCUGCUGGAUCUCAAGCAAGGUAAAGCUACCGAGAUACCGGUCUAUUCGUUCGUACAUCAUCAGCGGAUGCCAGAGAAGAAGUACAUAUAUGGAGCAAGCGUGAUCAUCGUUGAAGGGAUUAUGGCGUUGCAGGCGCCUGAAUUACGAGCACUAUACGAUUUAAAGGUGUUUGUGAACUGCGAUUCCGACCUGAUGUUGGCUAGACGCAUAAAGCGGGAUGUGAAGGAGAGGGGAAGGGAUGUCGAAGGGAUAUUAGAUCAGUACCUCCGUUUCGUCAAGAGUAGUUAUGAUAAUUUCGUUCAACCUUCUUCACGUUACGCAGAUAUCAUAGUACCUGGAUCAUCUAAUCAGCUAGCAAUUGAGCUCUUAGUAACCCAUGUGAAAAGACAGCUCGAUACACGUUCAUUGAGAUUUAGAAGAAUGUUGGCUGAAGCUGGAGAAGAAAGAUCGAAAGCGAGAUCUAGGGCGUCUACUUUGGUAGAUGGUCAGACUGAUAGCGGCAAUGAAGAUAAUGUGGUACUGUUAGAGCAGACUAAUCAACUCCUGGGAAUAAUGACGAUCCUAAGAGAUAAAACGACGGAUAGAGGAGAAUUCAUCUUUCACGCUGAUAGAUUAUCGACCAUUGUGGUAGAAAAAGCUUUGACGUUGAUCCCAUGUGAACCGAAGACUAUAAGGACUCCUUUGGGGAUUGACUAUCAGGGAUUGGCGAGGGACGAUCGCCUAGUCGGAAUAUCCAUUUUACGAUCCGGAGGACCCUUCUCACACGGUUUAAGAAGAGUUAUCCGAGAUGUACCUAUUGGAGCGAUGUUGAUCCAAUCUGAUCCUAAGACGGGUGAGCCGUUGUUGCUCAAGAGUGAUCUACCAGCUUCGAUCAAGUCUAGAGAUACCAGUGGGGAAGUAAAGGUUUUAUUGCUGGAUAGUCAGAUGGGUACAGGUGCUGCUGCCAUGAUGGCAAUCCGUGUGUUGCUGGACCACGGUAUCAAACCCCUCAACAUCAUUUUCCUAACAUACAUAAUCACCGAACCAGCUAUACAUUCCGUCCACCGUGCAUUCCCCGAAGUGAAAAUCGUCACAGCAUCUAUUGAUCCCGAAUUAUCCGAAAUGCAUAUACCAUACAAUUCGGAUUCCCUAUCUUUGGGUGAAGGACCGAUAAGUGCCGGAGAAGCUGAUUUCGCAACGAGAACGAUACCAUCGACUCCGUCAAUAGGAGAAGAAGGUGUGAAAGAGAAACCUGAUCCGAGGGAUGCGUUGAAGACUGAAGCUGAAUUGUCAUCGAACAAGUUCAAGGUACAGGUGAAAGAGACGGAGAAACUCAAGUUUUCAAGAGUGCACAAGAGGGGCGAGAGUGGUGAGAAGAGAGCUUGGGUCAUUUCACCUGGUAUGGGUCAUAUUGGAGAUAGAUAUUAUAUAUCAUAG